GAUGCUGUUUUUUGUAAAUGAUGAAAAACCAGUCGGGUCCGUUUUGGUGCAUAUUAAGAUCGGCGAAUAGGGAGCGUUGUUACUUAAAGAUUUUCUCGUCUUUUGUGAAGUAUUGACGUGGUGACUCAAAAGAAGUGUAUGUUCUGCGUUAUAAAAGUUUUUUUCGCUCGUGUACCGACAGAGGGACUUAACACCUGCUCGUUCUUGCGCAGGUAAUCGCUUGAGAGACACAUUUUUGAAUCGUCGUGCUCGACGACGUUAGAACAACGCUUUCGCGUUGUUUGAGACCGGCCGGUUUUGGCCCGUACAAAUUCCUGCUAUGGCUGCUACCAGUGUUGUUGUUCUUGACAGAGGGAACAACACAACAUGUACCAUCAAUUUACAUGGAGCUACUGUAGUCUCAUGGCGCGUAAACAAUCAAGAGCAAUUGUUUGUUAGCAAGCAAGCAGUGUUUGAUGGUAAAAAGGCAAUAAGAGGGGGAAUACCAUUUGUAUUUCCUCAAUUUGGACCCUGGAGUUUUGGACCCCAACAUGGUUUUGCCAGGAUCAUUCGGUGGAAUUUGGAAAAAGCUCCUGAACGCUUGGCAAGUGGUGAUGUUGAAGCAAUAUUUUCUCUUAUGGACUCAGACUUUACACGUUCUAUGUGGAAUUACCAAUUUCGUUUAACUUACAGACUGAUUCUUCGGGAAAAAGAACUGCAUUUUAACAUAGGGGUGUAUAAUUUGAGUAAAGACAUGACUUUUACUUUCAAUAUGCUGCUUCAUACUUACUUUAAAGUUCCUGAUGUCCGUAGAUGUCAAAUUACUGGCCUUCAAGGCUGCACAUUUAUGGAUAAAACUAGAGAUGGCACUAUUUACCAGGAAGCCAGAGAUGUAGUUACAAUUAAUGAAUGGACUGAUAGGAUUUAUCAAAACACUCCACAAGAGCAUAUUAUUACAAAUGUGGUAUCUGGGAGGAAGAUGAGGAUUCAGAAAUACAAUUUCCCAGAUACUGUAUUGUGGAACCCUUGGGUAGAUCAUGCCAAAGAUAUGUCUGAUUUUGGGGACGACGAGUAUCCAAAUAUGGUAUGUGUUGAGGCUGGACAUGUUUCAAGCCCUGUGAUACUUUUGCCUGGAACUGCUUUUGAAGCAAGUCAGAUUUUACAAGUUAUGUAAAAUCAAGCCGUCCUUUACAGUGAACUGUUUCUAGAAAUUUAUUUAAUUUGCUUUUUGAUUUUGUCUUUUGGUAAGGUGAUAUUUUUAUUUAAAGGAAAUUAAUGACUGUUUUCUGUAUUCUUUUUAUUUAACUUUUGAUCAUAGGAAGGAAGGCUGACACACUGUACAUUGACAAACAAAUAAGCAAUUAUUUUGUGACUGUUAUUACAAAAUAACAAUGUUUGUGUGGAAUUAAUAAAAAGCAAUAGAUUAGAUUAAAAACAAUUGAUAUUAAUUAAUUAAUUGUGACUGUCAACAGGUAUACAGAAGAUAUACCUUUGCUCAACAUUCCCAAAAAAACCUUUUAGCCUUAAAUUGUAUACGACUGGUAGAAAUUUGUUCUCUCGUGCAAUAGUAAUUGUGAAGUUAUACUUUUGAUAGAUAACUUAUUGUUAGAAUUUGCUUUUUAUUUUAAAUAAAUUA